AUGAGCCCGCAUAUGCUGGAGCCCGAGUUCGUAGCUCCGCUCCCUCCAAAAAAAGACGUUCUUCUCAAUUUGCGUACCGGCAAGGUGCGGCCAUUUGGCGGUGUCAAGCUUCGGUCCGCCAUCAAUAAGCACAGGCGACAAGGCAGAGUGGAGUUGACGGAACUUGGACUUGUUGGUGACGAGCAGCAGUAUGUCUUGCAUGGCGGAGUGGACAAGGCGCUCCAUGUGUUUUGCGAGAGCAAUUACGCGAAGUGGAACGAUCUGGUUCCGAACAGAAAUCAACUAUUCAUCGUCGGUGGCUUCGGCGAGAACUUGUCGUUCAGCGGCUUGAACGAGGGAAACGUGUGCAUUGGCGACAAGUUCCGGCUCGGCGCCGAGGUGAUCGUGCAAGUCAGCGAGCCACGCCAGCCAUGUUACAAGCUGAACCAUCGAUUCGAAUACAAGAAGAUGUCUAGGAUAGUGCAAGACACGGGGAUGGCGGGCUGGUACUUCCGUGUCCUGAAGCCCGGAUUCAUCCAGGAGGGCGAUGAGCUUGUCUUCAUCGAGCGCAUGUACCCACAGUGGUCACUGCACCGCGUCCAGGACUUUUUGUACCGCGAGGUCGACAACAUGGAGGUUAAUGCAGAAUUGGGCCACAUGCCUGAGCUGGGUGGUGAGAUCUCAAAGCUAUUCAGAAACCGGGUGGAGAUGGGUGUCGAAGGUAUGAGCAAUCGUCUGAAUGGCAUUCCCGGAAAGAAUCGACUUGAUCUGGCUUGGCGGCGCUACAGAGUAACCGAGAAGGAAAUGCUUACAUCGAGAGUCGUAAGACUAAGUUUCAAGAUUGAGGAAGCAGAAACCGACGUGGGUUAUGAGGAGCUCCAUCUUGGAAAAUUCCCGCAUGUUCGAGUCAAGUUCGGUCCGAAUGGGCAAUUCUCUAGGGCAUAUUCUAUCGUGGCGGGAGAUAUGAGGUCAUUCGAAUUAGGGGUUUCCAAGGACGAUAAUUCUAGGGGCGGCUCGGCGUAUUUGCAUGAUCUGCUAAAGGUCGGGGAUGUUAUCCAGGCCAGCAAAGGCCAUGAAGCGUCACAUACAGACCGCAAGAAAGAUCAGGCGGGCGAAAACAUCGAGGUUCACUACGCCGUCCGCAGCCGGAAAGAUAUGGCGUACUCAAGCCGUCUCCCUCCUGAGGGUGAACGAACCUUUAUUUACGUUAAGACCGAAGGGAACAGGCUCAGUGUUCGAAGCAUCGUAUCAAGCCUGCAGAACAACGACAGACUGGAGACUUUCAUCUACACUUGCGGCCCGGCGUCUUUGAUGAACGAAUGCCGUGAGUUGACUAACAAACUCCGGUACCCGACGUCCCAGCUGUGCUUUGAAGACUUUGGCGCGUCAACUACUGGUACCGGUGACCCUUUUGAAGCCGAGAUCAAAACCACAGGGCAAGUUCUGCAAGUCCUCGGAGAGAGGUCUUUAUUGGAUGUGCUCAACGAAGCAGGGUUUGACAUCGAGUCAUCUUGUAUGUCGAGGGAAGGGAAGGAUCGUCAUUAA